CGACCUCCAGCACAGUAAGUGGCGGUGUAUGCGCCUUUCAGUUGGUUGCGAUCCGCCAAUACAAAUUUAAAGAAGAAUAAAUAUUCCAUCCGCAUAAAUCCGAAAGAUCAACGCAUCAGAGGUGCACUAACACAUUUUGGUGAAGGUCGUGAGUGCUUGAAUUCCACAAUGUCUCUGGCUAAGCCUGCAAUGCGAGGACUCCUUGGGAAGCGUCUGCGGUUCCAUUUGCCCAUUGCCUUCGCUCUGUCAUUGGUGGCUGCAGCAGCUUUCAAGUAUGGUGUAACAGAGCCCAGGAAACGGGCCUAUGCCGAUUUCUACAAACAAUAUGACACCACAAAGGAGUUCAACAACAUGAGGGACGCUGGUGUUUUUGAAAGUGUCAGGCCAACUGGCGAAUAAACCCCUCUGAUGUCCCAUUGUGCAUUCCUGGUCUGAUGUUCCAGCUCUGUGAUUUACUCAUCGAACACUGCGGUUAUGUUCUCGUGAAUAAAUUAUUCUCUAUUGGUG